ACGAAAAAUGCACCCUAGUUUUCGCACCUUGACCAACUGCUUGAAACUUUCAGCGCUUCUUUGCGUCUUGCCUAUAACGAAGGGAUUCCACUUUGACGCUGAUUCACUGAGAAACGUGUCGCAGCUGAUCGUGAGUAAAGGCUACCCGGUGGAAGAACACACUGUGGUAACCGCAGAUGGCUACGUUCUGAAUAUGCAAAGAAUACCAAGAGGAAGGUAUGAGCCCGACGUACUUCGCACCAACAAUAGCAAGCCAGCGGUUCUCGUUGUUCAUGCUCUUGCGGUUUCAUCUGCUGAUUUUGUGAUGAAUUUUCCUGACCAGAGCCUGGGGUUUCUGCUCGCUGAUGCUGGUUAUGAUGUCUGGCUUGGCAACUUGCGUGGCAAUGAGUACACCAGUCACGUCAGGUACAAGAAGUUUGAUCGAAGGUUCUGGCGAUUCAGUUUUGAUGAGAUGAUACAGUAUGACACCCCUACAAUGAUUGACACUGUGCUUCGAAUGACAAACAGAACGAAGCUGCUGUACAUAGGGUUCUCCCAAGGUACCCAAGUUCUGUUUGGUCUCCUCGCAUACCAGCCGGAAUACCAACGAAAG